AUGGAGGUGGAGCUUACGGACAUUCCUGACGAUCUCGCCGGGGUGUCGCCGGAUGAGAUGAUAGGGAACGACUUGAGCGCCACGGAGGCGGUCGGCGAAGGGGGGGCUGCGGGCGCGGAGCGGACGGAGGACGCACCACAGCAGCAGGGCAACGGGAAGAUACAGCUGCUGCCCGUGGAUCUGAUUGGGAGGAUCCUCUACUACCUUGAGCCGAUGAGCUUCGAACAGGUCACGGAGGAGGGCAAGAAGAGCCCGAGGCUGGCCAUGCACGCACUUCUGUCAUCUAUGAUCGACCCGCGCCUCGCGCUCGCCCUCACAUCACGGCGGAUGUACGGCGAGGUGCUCCGGUCCGUGCGGUCCGACUGCCCGCUCCGCCUCGUGCUAUCAACGCCGGGCCGACUCCCGUGGAUGCGCACCCACACGCUCCGUCGCCCCAUGGCAGAAGUGCGCACCGUUGCUGUGCCCACCACGGCCUUCAGGUGGCCGCUGGACACCCCGGCGCUCCUCCACUCCACCCCAGACUGGGCCAUCGAGCCCGACAGGCCGAGCAUAUGCCUGAUCGUGCCGCCAACGGACCGGGGCAUGGACCUGCUCGCCGAGCAGCUCGCUGGCCCAGCGCGACCCCUGCUACGCCAGGUCGUCUUCAAGGGCAGCGUGCGUCUCGGGGAGGGCCGGAAGGGCAGCAAGAGCUGCGGCGGGUGCGGCGUCUUCUGCGGACACGCGUGGAGCCGGUACACGCGCUUUCUCGGGAUCCUGCUGUGGAAGGACGGGCCGUGCACGUCGCUCAAGCAGUGCGGGCGGUCCCCGAUCUGCUGCGUGUGCUGCGUGGUGGCCAACAUGGCGUGUCCGCUCGUGGUGACGACGUGUCUCGACGUCCUCGCUCACAACGUGACGAGCGCAUUCGCCGGCAGACGCCCGGGACAGCGGGCCAUCGCCGGCCUCGACGGACUCCCGACCUCCAUCGACGAGGCGUCGGAGCUUGAGGCGAUAGGGGGGUACUAUCGUCAGGUGGCCGAGGACUCCUCAAAGGCCUUCUCCUCGAUCAUUGUGUUCGACAUCGCCGCCGCCGCGCCCCCCGCCGCCGCCCCGGCGCAGCGCGCGUCGCAGGAGUCCUCCUCCGCGAUCACCUCGCCCCCCGUCCAGGAGGGCGCGAUGUCGCGGCCCGUUCCCAGGACGCCGGCGAAGCCAGGACUGUCGUUGACGCGGCUGUACCUGGGGUCCGAGGAGAUGGCGAUGGCGCCGCUCGCGAUGGUCCGCGAGGCGAUCGCGGUCGAGCGGAACCAGCUCGGAUCGAUCUUCGCGCAGUUGUCGCAGCUAAAGGCGCUGGAGGAGCUGCGUGUCGUCGCGACGUUCCCGCUGCGCAGGCCGGCGUCGGACGGCGCUCCGCCGGCGCUGGCGAUCGACCUGGACAUCCCCGUCCUGAACCGCUUCACGUGCAUCAUCGUCGCGCGGAUCGUGCCCGGGGAGGGGUUCGGGGGCACCGAGGAGCUCGAGAACGCGUUCGAUGUUUCCUCAAUCGCAAACCUUCCAAAGCUAGAAGAGCUGACGCUAGGUGUUACCGGAGCGACGGAUGCGGGCUACGGCCCCGUGUUCUCGAUGCCACGGCUCCGCAAACUGGGGCUGUGGCUUCGAAAGGAUAGCAUCAAUGCCACGCGCACCUUCCUCGCGCUGCCGGAGCUGCGCCACCUGCGCGUCAACCUCGACGGCGUGCACUGGAUGGAUCCGGGCGAGGCGCCCUCCGCGGGCCUGGUGCGAUGGCUCAUGCACAUUUACGGAGCUGACCCCCCGCGCUCGCUGCCGCCCGUGACGUGGGACUACGCCGCGGUCGACGGGCACAGCAGUGCGAUGAUGCGCGAGCGCAUCGAGAACCUCGAGGUCAUCAACACGUGCGACGUCGUGGACAUCGGGCAGGGGAUGCUGGCGGGGCUGUCCAAUCUGGCGCCGCUCGCGACGCUGGCCUGCAUCAACGCCAGCGUGCGCGUGCUGUCGCAGCUGCCGGCGCUCGGGCCGGGCUUGCGCAGCCUGGAACUCAAGUGGGGCUCGCUGUCGGCGGACACCAGCGUGCUGCAUCACAUCGCGGCGUGUACGUGCCUCGAGUCGCUGUCCGUCACCGCGGGGUCCCCGAAAACCAUCCGGCACAUCAUCGUCGAGGUCCUCCCGCGGAUGACCGUCAAGCGCCUCGAGCUGCUGCGGCUCCAGGCCAUCGUCGUGAUGGUCCGGUCCUCGCCAGUCGCUCUGCGGGGAUCCGAGCUCGCGCCGCUCCUCGAGUGGCCGUGCUUGUCGCGCGUGCAGCUGCCGGAGGUCGUGGACGUCGGCGGCCUCGCGCCGGUUCUGAACGAACUCAGCGAGAAGCUCGACGUCCUAGACACGAAGCUCGUCAGCGCAGUCACGGCCUCGCCGUCAAUCUGGAACCAAUAG